AUGUAUGAUAUUUAAUUAUUAAUAUAUAUCAAAUCAAUUCUAAAAAUCCAUGAACUUUGCAUUUUCAUUUUGAUGGCUGAAAAUAAACAUUCAACUUACUUUUAAUUGGAAAAGAUAUAAAAUUAAAAUUUUCAACUUUUUAUUAGAUUUAAUUUAUCCUCAUUUUUAAAAUAAAAAAAUAUGUAUUAAUUUAUUUUCAAUUCAUUUUAUGUCAUUUCCUUCAUAUUAUAGCUUAAAAAACAAGAAAAAUAUUUUUCAAUCAAUAAAAAUUAAAUAUUUAGUAUUGAUUAGCAAGAAUACAGAAGUCAGCGUAAGUUACUAAAAAAAUGA